AUGAUGGAAAAAAUCCUGGAGAAGUUAGAUGCCCUGGAUGAGAAUGCAAGGGUACUUGCAGCUGUCAGAUCAAAGAAAGCCAACCCUCAGCUUAAACAGAGAGAAAAUCCUUUGACUACACCUCUGCUGUUUGAUCUUCAAGUGGAAUUUGGAGGCACAAUUACUCCACCUACAUCUAAGACAGUAGCAAAGAUAACAGCUAAGUCAUGUGACCUUAAAACGUCAAAAGUGCGGACAUCUUUCAAAUAUAAGCCUAAACCCAGAAGUGGCUUUGAAGAGUCAGAUUUACCUGGUCUUGCAGCAAAUACAAACUGUGAAGAAAAACCAAAAGGAGAAAAUCUAAAAUUGAGUCCUAUAUCUCUUCGUUUUCUUAAGGAUAAAAAUGAGGCAGAAUAUGCAAAUCCCUUGAAUUUUCUACAGUCUCAACCUAGAAACCGGUGUAAAAGAUCAUCAGAGUCUUCAAUCCUGUAUCCUACAGGCGCCAAUCAAUCCAAUGCUAGCGAGGAGAAAGUCUCUACUCCAUUUACAGGUCAAAAUGAAAAGAGAGCUAAGAAGUCCAUGUACUCUACAGACCACUCAGCGGAUUCUAUGGAAAAAGGAAAGGAUCAUCCACUGGUAAAGGAUUCUGUUACAAAAGAAAAUGAGCCAACCAGAGAUAACCAAGCAAGAACACUUUGUCCAGUAAAACAGAGCACCUUACUCCCCUUGAUCUUUGAGGAUGUACUGGAUAAUCCUACACUCAAGAUAAUUGACCUUGGUCCAACAGAGAGAGUGCUUUAUUCUAUGGAAGAAAGCCACACAAAUCCAAUAAUUUUCUAUGAUGCAGCCUAUAUAGAAAUGUUGAUCAUGAUAAAAAGGUUCACUCCCUAUGUAAUCAUAUAUACAAGGAAGAAUAUUGUUCUAGAAAAAAACUGUGACACGGCCAAAGCCUUAUUUAAUGAUGAGCCCAGUACUGUUUCUGAACCUCAAAGAACUAAGCCUGUAUCACAGCACAAAGACUUGUCCUUCUCUACUGAACAGGUGCAAAAGAGUAUAAAGGAGAGACGAAAGCGGAAACAUGAUAGUCUGGCUUCUGAAAAAAGACCUCCGAACACACUUUGUAAUUUAUCCCGAACUUUUUCUAGCUUAACCAAAAGAUUUGCAGGUUACUUUGAUAAAGAUGCUACUCAAAAAAAGAGUGCUAAGACAGAUGGAUUUGAAAGAAUAUUUACUAAAGCAAAACCACCACCCAAACGCAAAUUCACUACUUUACCUCUUAAGUAUGACUCAAAGCCUCUGAAAAAUAUACUUGAAAUACGUAAACUAAACAACAUAACCCCACUAGAUAACCUGCUAACCUGGAAAGUAAAUGACUUAUAAAGAAUCAGUUACGCAGCAAGACUUAAAAACAAGAAGAACCAAGUUCCAAGAUCAUAGAAGAAAUUCUUGACUGAUUACUCAUGUACUGUUGGAUGAAGUAUACAAUCAGCAGUGGUCUGUUCAAGAUCAGUAAACAUUGUUAGCUAACAUAAGGAUGGAAUUAGGGAAUUAUCAACAAGAGAGAUUAAUUUGUAACAGUUUUGGUUGUCAGCCUAGCUUUUAGUGGUUGAGCUAUCUCUCUAGCCCAUUCAUGGCUUAUCUCAAUUAUACAUAUUAGACAUCUCUGUUGGCUACAGGACAUUCUCAUUCAGUACCAACUAUGGCAUAGAUUGAUGAGAAAGCUGCUGUCAGAAGCCAAAAACCAUCAACAAACAAAAGAUUGAAUGUCAAGACAGAUGUACCAUUAAUUUACUGACUGUGCAGUCAAUAGUAGAUCAGUGUUUUAGAGACUCAUGGGGAAACAGUGCCAUGUAAGCAAUGCAUGUGAUUAAAAAGGCUUCAUAAAACCUGUCAGAACUAUUUGGAACUUCAUUACUGAGUUGUGGAAUAACUUAAAUGAGUAAGGUCCAUAAAUGAGUUAAUUGUGGUAGUAGAUUCUAUCAACUGUUGAGUAUUCUAAAAUACAUUGUUUCAUAUUACUCUUUUAUGUUGACUCAAAUAGUAUAAAGACAGAACUCUUCUUGAAUUCAAAUUACUCCCAAGUUCAUUUGGAAUACCUUUCCUUUGGGUCCCACAUAUUUUUUUCACUUAAAUACAGUCUUUGAAGGCAAGUGGCUAGGCUUUUAGCCUACAACACAUUUCUAGAAUGCACAAAACCCUUGGUUUAAUUCUCAUCUUGAAAAAAAAAAAGCUGGUAGUGAUAAAUUCCAAGGUUAACCCACA